GCGGCCAGCAGGUGGCGCUUUAAGUUUGCGGCUCACGUUCACAUGCACACAACAGGAAAAGUGUUAAAACAUGUAGCUAAUGCUUCUGUUAGUUUAACCGUAGACGCGUUAACGCUAGUGUUAUAUAAAAUGCAGUAAUUGUGCAAAAACACCUGUUCGUGCAGCAGACGUAUAAUGCUACUGGUGUGCCCAUGUGGACAUGCAGCUGUACCGGUGGCCAGGUUUUAAGCUGCAGCUUCUUAGAGAGCUGCAGAGACAACAAAACAAUGCCCAAUUCUGUGAUACUCUUUUGCAAACUGAGGGUAUCUCAGUCCCAACCCACGGUUGCAUCCUUGCAGCUCUCAGUCCCUUCCUGUCUCAGAAGCUGUCUGCCUCCCGGUCUCCUCCAUCGGGUCAGAAGUGCCAGAUCCAGCUCCAGGCUGUGAAGGCCCAGACCCUGCUGAAGCUUGUUGCUCUUCUGUACUCUGGGAAGUUAGAGGUAAAAGGAAGUAAAGAGCAGCAUGACGUGCUGUCUGCGGCCCACCAGCUUGGGAUCACAGACCUUGUUGAAGGACAGGAACAUGGAGGGGGGGAGGAGGCAGCACUCUGGGGAAAUAGUUUAUGGAGUUGCAGAGAAAAGGCAGAAGCAGGCAGAGAGAGAAAUGAAAGCAGAGACAUGCAGGAUGCACAAGUUCAAACUGAAAAUGUUGAAAAGAGAGCUACGGCUUCUCCAAUUGAAAAGAGGAGUUGUGUAUCCACAGGCACACAGACUGUUAGAGCUGGUGAAAAGAUGGUGGGCAGUUCUUCUACUCAAUCUGGCCAAACGGCAUGCUCUGAAGCUCAAAGUUUGGGGUUUUCUAUCUCAGUGCAAUGCCCAAACAUCACAGAUGAUACACAUUUUUUCUCCACUCCUUGCCUACCCUUAUCCAAUAUGCACAGUGGAGCACGAAGCGAGGGACAGUCUACAUUAGACCGAUCCUCUGACAGUGUAACAAAUCCCACUUCAACUUCAGCUUUGCCCAGCAACGUGAUGACCCUCCCCAUUUCCCUGAAUGACGACUCAAACUCCCCGCCACCUCGGGAAGACAGCGGCAACCAGCAGUCCUCUGAGUUUGGAGACAGCAUACAAGGGUUGGCUAAGGAAGGGACAGGAUUGGAGGACGGGAAAAGAAAUGGCAAAACAGCGGAGGACAGAAUAAACACAGAGCAGCCAAGCAACAGAGAUGAGAUGUUAGGAAAGGAAAAAGGAAAGUCUACAGGGAGGAGGCAUACAAAUAUCGGGAUGAAGAGCCUGGCUAAGAUGAAACAGAUGCAGAAGAUAAUGAAUGCCACACAGAUUUCUGUCAAGGUGAAGCUGAGGAGAAGGACUAAAGGAGAAGUGUGGGAGGUUGUGCGCAUGCAUGACACAGAUGAAGCAUUAUCAGUUCUGACCUCCCUGAAACAGGACGGCUCCAACCACAAAAGGCCGCAGACAAGCAUUGAGCCUCCUCCCUCCUCUGUCCAGCCAGUCCUCAAUCAUAAACCAGAGACCCAGAAUCUUCAACAAGCUCCCACCGACUCCUCUGAACCACCAUCACCACCCCCCUACUUCAGCACCACGUCCGUCUCCCAGCCUCUCUCUAGCGACUGCUUCACCCCAAACCAAAACGACGGCCCCGGGUCAGUCCCGCCCCCCCAGCCUCCAGGUCCUGCAGAGGAGUGUGAUGAGCAGAUAGAGAAGCUGUUAGAAGACAUCAUGAUGGGCCUGAACAUCCUGCCAAACUUAGACAGGGACUGCAAGAAGUCUCAUUAUUAUCAACCAAUACUUGACGGAGUGCCGGCCAUUUGCCAGAUCCCCGUUACAGAGAAAGAGCCGCCGCAAAGCCAGGAGCAUGCUGCUGUCAGUGCAGCAGGAUGUAUACAUUACCAGGAUUUUGGGACACAAGUUGGUCACUCAUCAACAGAAACAGGUAUCUAUUGUUACUUGCCAGCUCAGAACCAGGCCAGCUGCUCCAGCAUCUCGUCUUUCCAGCUGGCUGCUGUGCCAAUCCAGCAGCAGGAGGCGAGCUCUCCUCAGUAUCACUCAUCUGUCCCAGCCAUGGGGCAAAGAGAUGGAACCAGCCCCCAGGACAUGCCACUGGCCAAAAGUCAAAAUUGUCCUUAUGCUGAAGCACCCACAACAAGAUCAAUCCUACCCACAGCUCUCUACUCCAGCAAUCAGAAACCCCUUACUACUGUUCCUUAUUACCCAGCAUGCCAGGACCCGUCUUCACAGGUCAAUGAGAACGUUGAACAGUUUUUACAGCUGACCAGUGUAAGCGAGACCCAAUCCUCGUAUCAUUUAUCUUUCAUGGAUGAUUUGCGGCUCCCUCGAUGUCUCUCUCCGUUAGAGGCGUGUCCCUCAGCAGAAAGACCCCAGACUACCCUUAAUGACUCAACGCGUCAAAAGGAUACAAUUCCGCCACAGCCAUCUCUGCACGGGCGACCCUGGCUCACACUAAACCACGGGCUGCUACAAUUUCCUCUCAGUGCGAUCGCUCAAAGAGAAAAAAAAAGAGCGCUUUCACCACAGAAUACAAACCUCAGCUGUCGCUCAAAGCAAAGACCGAAACCUCUGGAGUUGAGUCCCCAAAAAAAGAGUGUCGCAUCCCGGACAGUGGAAGAGAGAGGAGCAGUAUCCGCUGGACAUCGAAAUGUGGCUGAACUGAAAAACCGAAUGACCAACGCCUGCCACAGGAAGUGCGUACCGCCACAUUACAAGGAGGCUGAGCUGACAAAGGGCGAGUCGGUGUGCCUGGACCGCUGCGUGGCCAAAUACCUAGACCUUCACGAGAGGCUGGGCCGCAAGUUGACAGAGCUGUCCGUCCAGGACGAGGAGAUGAUGAGGAAGGCAGCCGUGGGGAGCGGAUAGAGACGCUGGCCAAAGGAUCCAAGUAGAGCAUUGCAGGGGACUCAAAAGCUAAUGGGGAGGGGUUGUUGUAUCAGGUUCCUCAAAGAUAAGGAAAUGAGGGGGGUGGGGGGGGAGGGGGGAGUGUUUAAAAAAACAACAACAACAACAACAAUACUGCUGUUGAGGGUCCACUGAGAGAGACUGCCUCCUCUACUUCAGUAAAGGAUGAGACGUUGGAUGGGAAUGGAGGAACCAGCGGAGAACCUGCUGGGGCGACGACAUGAGGACUUCCUGAAACCGCUCACUGCUCCACCAGCCUCUCUGGAUGGGUCCGAGUAGUUUCACAUUCAGCUUGGCCUGGUCCUCAAGAAACCCCCGGAAAAUUGACUGAAAAGGAGAAAGGACAUUUAUUGUAGUAUUAUUUCUACGUCAUGCUUUGUGGUUGUUUUUGGCUGCUUGGAGGGCCUACAGGUGCUGCUUCUACUGCAGAAACUCCAACACUUUAUUGUAGUACUGUCUGUCUGGUACUUGUGGCAGGUUAAAACAAACACUAACACUGAUUAACAUUUGGUCUUAGUUCCCAAAUCGCCAUUUCAACCCAGGUGAUUUGGUUGUUUUAUUUUGAAAGGGGGUGAAAGGAGGAACAGGCUCUCUUCACACAGUGGCAACACAUGUUAUUUAGCUAGCUACAUUACAAUUACAAGUAGUCUGUUAUGCAGAUGGUGUAGUGUCGGUUCUGUACAAAACAUUGAAAUAUAAUAAGUCACAUACAUAGAUCAGGGCAUGCCCUGGAUGAAUUAUGUAUGGCAGUAUGGUUUGUCUUUUUAUACAAGACACUAUUCACUGUUUCCUCUUAUCAGGCCUGGAUGGUGCAGUGUUUGCUCUGCACGUAACAAGUCUGAUAUUGACUGUCAGCCAGGUCAUGGAGCUCUUUCACAGCAGACAUUUUGAAGGGUCAUAGUAGGAACAGCACAGCUAAAAAUGAUAACCUUAACAAUGGCUCAAUUCCAUCAAGUGUCCCAGUAAGCUAGUUCAGUGAGUCAGCAUGCACAAGACCACUGUCUCACCUAAGUGGAAUGCAGCCAUUAUUAAUGGGUUUGAAUACACCUGUGCUUUUCCUGCUAUAACAUGGCAACAUGUCCGCCGUGAAUAGGUAUAUUCUGGCUAUGUGGAGGUGUGCUGAAGAUGAAGUGGAGUCAUUUGUCAUGCUUGUGUACCCUGUGUUGUGUUGUACUUCAGUGGACCAUGUUUUUGACUGUGAUGAGUUUUUUUUAAGUUUUUUUUUUCUUCCAUGUGCUAAACCACUGUCAGUGACUCAGCUUUUUAUCUACAUAUUGGAGAAGCUGCAAAGUGUUUUGCUGUUACUUUAAUAAAGCAAUGUCAUCCUUUUCACUU